GGGCCGGAAGUCUAUAGCGGUCCCGUGCCACGUCUGCGGCGCUUGUGGCGGCGUCAGUAGCUAGCGGCCAGCGCUGGCAGACUACAAUGGCGGACUGGACUCGCGGUGAGCGCCCGAGAGCUGGGCCAAGCCGCCCCCCGCUCCCUCACUGGAGGUCACUGUGUGGGGGCGGACCGGCCUUCCGGGUCGAGAGCUCUGGUGCUGUGGAGGAGAUUCUAGACCUGGAGAACAAGCGGAUGGCUGACAACCUGGUCUCCAAGGUUACCAGGCUUAAAUCGCUGGCCCUGGACAUUGAUAGGGAUGCGGAAGACCAGAACCGGUACCUGGACAGCAUGGACUCAGAUUUCACAAGUGUGACUGGCCUGCUCACGGGGAGUGUGAAGCGGUUUUCCAUGAUGGCACGGUCUGGACGAGACAAUCGGAAGCUUUUGUGUGGCAUGGCUGUCGGCCUGCUCGUGGCCUUCUUCAUCCUUUCAUACCUCUUGUCAAGGGCAAGGACGUGAACCAGUGGGAGCCAAAGGUACCAGGGUCUUCCUCGUCUGGUAUCCUGACCUCCUGAGGCUUCACCUGAAAAGUACUACUUUGAGAUUACCACCAUGAGUCAGGAAUCUUCUUCCUGUAUGGUGGGGCCUCUGACCCAAUGAGCUCAUCAAGUUGGCUAGUCCCAUGUGGAAGGACAUUUUCCUUUGGGAAAUCAAGGCCCAGCCCCCACCUCCACUCUGGUAUUAGAGAAAGUGGCCAGGCUAGGGCCACAGUGCACCAGGACCAGCCAGGUCUUGAGCAGAGCAGCUAUGAGUCUUGAAUGUAUUCACAUGGCCAGCAACCCUUCUCCUAGCCCUCAGGGGUCUGAAGUCUUAAGGCCCUUCUGUGCCAUCUGUUCCUGGGUGAAGAUGCAUAUGUGAUCUGAGGAGCCUGGGACUACCAUAGGAAGGGACAGUGACUGUGACUCCAAUAAGAGCUGGUUUCUUCACCUCGAGGUGCUCAGCCUAGAUGUGACAGUUAUUGCUGGUCAAGACUGCUGAGCAGAGGGGGUCUGAUAUGGGUCAAGUGUUCUGUGGGGAGACCUGUGCCCUCCAGUCCCUGGAUGAAGCCAGACCUCUAGGAAGGGUAGGGAAUGUUAGCGUUAAUGUUAAUGGACCACAGCCUUGGCUGGAUAUACUGGGUUGGUCUUCUGGGUCACAGAAAUGGAUGUCCUCAGGAUUCAGAACCUCUCUGGUGCUAGAGAUGUAGCCCCAGGAGAGCUAGUCUGGCCUUUCAAAAUUAGGUAGAGUGUGGGGGAGGUUUUGCCCCAAAGGGCUGUCAUGGGCUGAAGGCUGCCUGUAGAGGCCACUGUGCCAUUUGUAGCAGAACUUUUGCCCUUCUGCCAUAUCUUUACCUGCCUCCCAUAGCUAGUCUUCCCUUGCAGUGGGAGUGGUCUGAGCUACCUUCCCAUCCUUACACACUGCCUUCCCUGUGUACCUCUCCCUGGGUCUCCACCUCUACUUAGCCUGUCUCACCUUCAUGCAAACUGAACUGUGAGGCUGGCAGGGCCAGCAAUUUCUGAGAGGCUAGCACCCUUGUAUUCACAUAAAGAAUCUAAGGAAGACAUUCUGCUGGA